UUGUUAAGCGUGGAGAGUGCGCGUCGGUGCCCAAACGGAUUCAUUUUGUUUCAUCUAAUAUGGGUGCAAAGCUUCGAGCUGGAGUGCCCCGACGAGUGCGAGUGUCACUACUUCAGGAUCAACUGGGUGACGGAUUGCUCCGAGAGCAACCUCACGGAAAUACCCUACGAUGAAUUGAGCAGGAGUGUUUACGUCCUAGACCUCAACGGGAACAAUAUAACUACCCUGAAACCAUUUCCGCCAGAUAUAAAAAUGAGAAGGCUUCAGAUAGCUAAUAACAGGAUCUCUAGAGUGGAAAAGGAUGCGUUCAUGGGACUCGAAUAUCUUAUAGAUAUUGAUCUGUCCGGCAACAACAUUACCUACAUCGAUCCAGAGGCGUUUUUGUAA